GGAAGAAACGGAGCGAAACAGAGAGAAUCAGAGAAUAGCGAAGUUGUCACCGAAAAUGGCUUACAUCACUGCCCGACGCUCUCUAGCAACCCUCCUCAGCCGCACCGUUUCUCCUGCUUCUUCUUCUUCUUCUACUCUCUCUUCUCGUUCUCGCUUCGCCCUCGCUCUCCUCAACAAUGCCCCAGUGUUUAGCCCGGAACCAGUCAAAAUCCUGACCCGGAACAGGACAUCCGGAUCCGGCUACUCGCCUUUGAACGACCCAUCUCCGAACUGGAGCAACCGGCCACCGAAAGAAACGAUCCUUCUUGACGGCUGUGACUAUGAGCAUUGGCUUAUUGUUUUGGAGUUCCCGGAUGACCCUAAACCCUCAGAAGAAGAAAUGAUCGAUGCCUAUGUGAAAACGCUAGCUUCUGUUGUCGGCAGUGAAGAGGAGGCCAAGAAGAGAAUAUACUCGGUUUGUACGACGACGUAUACGGGGUUUGGAGCUUUGAUUUCUGAGGAAUUGUCUUACAAAUUUAAAGGGCUGCCUCGUGUACUUUGGGUUUUGCCGGAUUCAUAUCAUGAUGUGCCAAACAAAGAUUAUGGAGGGGAUUUGUUUGUUGAUGGGAAAGUCAUCCGUAGGCCACAAUAUACAGGUCAGGUGCAGGGACCUGGCAGGUUUCAGGCACAGAGAGUCCGGCUUCGUGGCCAGGGUGAAAGGCAAAUGAGAAGAAAUCAAUUUGAGAAUGCAACCAGGAGUGACCUGUCACCACCACCAUCAACAAAGCACUAAUUUUAGGUUCUGGGUGAAGGUGAAGGUCUCUCCUUGAUGAAGGAAACUUGACAGGAAGAGUGCCCAUGUAUUGGAAGUGUAGUUACCAAAAUGUAGCACCUAGAUAACUGAAUUAAGCUUUGUUGUUAUCCCUAUGGUUCAAAGGAACUGUUGGCAUAUAUUUGUUUGAUGGUGAUGGCUCUGCUGUUGCUCUUAUGUUACAUACUUUGCUUGUGCAUUACCUAGCAUCUUUAUGAAAGUUGGAAAUGUGAAUAUUUGCUGUUACAUUUUGAUA